GAGUUCCCCCCCUCCCGGGGAGUGAGGGGUGUGAGUGAGUGACGAGUGAGUGGUACAGUCGGCGCGGGGUGACGGUAACCAUGGCGGCGCCGGGCUCCGAGGUGCUGACUGAUUCCGAGGAUAUUGCUGGGAUCUACAGAGAAUUGAGCAGGUUCCCAUUCCUGGCCAAAGCGUGCAUUGGACCCGAGGUCAUUUCCCAGUAUGGUGGGAAAUACUGCAAUAUCCACACAGAAUGGACGCAGAGGGACCUGGAGCGAGUCGAGCGGGUGAAUUUCUGUCGGCAGUACAUCAUAUUCUACGAUGAAAAUUCCAUUGUGUACACCGGCCCUUCAGGAAACUGCACUGAGCUACAGAGCGAGUUGUUGAGCAGAGAGUCGCCAUCUGGUUCUUUAAGGGCUGUUCUACGGGAGCAUACCAACAAGAAGGGAGAGGAAAAGCAGUUUCUGGAGAUCUGGAACAGAAACUCAAAGGAGAAGAGCAUAGACCUGACUAGCCUUGACAAACAUGGCAAGGUGUAUGAAGAUGGUCAGUUCGGCUGCCUUGUGUGGUCUCACUCCGAGUCUCACAUUCUCUACAUCGCUGAAAAGAAAAGACCGAAAACGGAAUCGUUCUUCCAGAGCAAAUCCGAGUUGCGUGUGAACGACGAGGACGAAGACUGCGUCAAACAGACUGCGGAGAGAAGGGAGAAACCGUUGAAGGGCGAUCAGUUUGUGUAUUGGGAGGAUUGGGGAGAAGCCUUGGUGAACAAGAGCAUCCCUGUCCUGUGUGUCCUGGACAUUGAGAGUAACAAUAUCUCUGUAUUGGAGGGGAUACCUGAACACACAUCACCUGGGCAGGCAUUUUGGGCCCCUAAUGACACUGGUAUUGUGUUUGUCGGCUGGGGACAUGAGACACAGCGUCUGGGCCUUGUUUUCUGCACCAACAGAAAGUCUGGUCUGUACUAUGUGGAUCUGACAAGUGGUAACUGUGUGGGGCUAACCUCCCAAGCCAAUGCAGUCGUGUCUCCUCGGCUCAGUCCUGACAAGUGUCGGAUUGUCUACCUUGAAAGAGAAGCAGGUGGACCCCACCACCAGUGCUGUAGACUCCGCAUGUACGACUGGUACACGAAAAUAACCUCCACUGUGGUGGACAUAGUCAAUCGACCGACUGAAGAUGGAUUUACUGGCAUUUACUCUGGGAGUUUGGCUCAGAACUGCUGGACGAUGAACAGCCAGCGUCUACUCAUCGACACGCAACAGAACAGCAGAAAGGAUCUCUUUGUAAUAGAUAUUGCGACAGGAUCCAUCACAUCGCUCACCAGCAGUUCUGAGAUUGGGAGCUGGACCCUGCUGGACAUUCAACGCGACAUAAUGGUAGUCAGUUGUUCAGCACCUAACUGCCCCCCAUGUCUGAAAGUAGGCAUCCUUCCAGCUGCAGGAAGCGAGCAAGAGGUUACCUGGGUAGCAUUAGAUGAAGCCGAACGUUUACCUGACAUAGAGUGGCAGAUCCUAACUUUCACACCUCCGUGUGGACAGGAACAUCCUAAGUUCCCUGCCAUGGAUUUUGAAGUUGUUCUGUUAACACCAGAGAAGGGGAAGGAAGGCUCCCUCCCUCCACUUGUUGUCUCUCCACACGGUGGACCACACUCAGUAUUCACAGCAGAAUGGAUGCUCUAUCCCAUUGCUCUCUGCAAGCUAGGAUUUGCUGUGUUGCUGGUGAACUACAGAGGCUCAAGUGGGUUUGGGCAGGACAACAUUUACUCACUGCUUGGCAGGAUAGGAAGCCAAGAUGUGAAGGAUGUGCAGUAUUCAGUGGAGCAGGUGUUGAAAAUGAAAUUGGCCGAUCCUUCGAAGGUCUUUGUAACUGGAGGCUCACACGGAGGUUUUCUUGCCAGCCACUUGGUGGGACAGUAUCCUAAUUUCUACAAGGCCUGUGCCACGCUCAACCCAGUCAUUAACAUUGUCUCCAUGUUGGCAACCACAGAUAUUCCAGACUGGUGUACAGUUGAAGCUGGCUUUAAUUAUACAGUUGGUCAGAUUCCUACCCCUCCUAUCUUAGAGGCAAUGUUGAAAAAAUCACCAAUUUCACACGCCUCUCAGAUAAAAACACCACUUUUAAUCCUGUUGGGUGAGAAGGAUAAGAGGGUUCCUCCCUCCCAGGGUCUCGAGCUCUAUCGAACAGUGAAGGCCAGGGGCGGUGUUGUACGGUUAUUGUGGUAUCCUGAAAACAACCACCAUAUUUCCAAAGUUGACGCUGAGGCCGAUGUAUUCAUGAAUAUCGCUCUCUGGUUUGUUAACCGUCUCUAAUCUUAACGCCCACUUCCCUUCAUGCUCUCUCCCCCCCCACCACCACCCCCCACAAUCACCACCAUGUGAUUCAAGACAAAUUAUUGUUGUGAAAAUACGGUACAAGCAGCAGUCAGGAGUCGGUCAGAGCAGAGAGCAAAAUGGACGGUCUCGCAGCUAAGAUACCCAACAGUCCCCGUGUUUCUCUAUCCUAGAAUCGUAUGUUUCAUGUCAGGCAUUUGUAGCCCACAGCUUAAGGCCACAGUUUGAGACCAUUUUCAGACUGAAUCAGUUCGUUAUAAUUUUACAUGAACCGCACAUCAUUUAAUGGACGUAAAACUUUAAUCACCAGCUUUGUUUAAAGGCAACAUCAAUCAAACCGUAUAUUUUCCAAGAUCUGAAGGACAACCUUGUUCUGACGACCCUCGCUGGAAUGCGGGUUUACUUUUCCGACCUGACCUGAAAGUCAAAAUCAAACAUAAGUAAAAUCUCAUCAUGGCCAAAAAAAUAUCCUGGUGGUCAAGUCAUUACUUCGUAUGUGCUGUGUGCAUUCAUCAAAAGCGCUGUCAAUGUCACUCCUCACGAAGUAAAUACUUGUGGUGUUUUCUGAACAAAAUACACAACUGUGCAACGUGCAGAAAAGUGAUGUCAGCUGUGAUCUGAUAACCAGGAGUCUGCCGUGCCUCUUAUAACGUGGGGGGGGUGAGACAUGGACCAAGGCAACCACUGUAUAGAGAUGUUUCCCUGUAUAUUCCAGACUCGGUUUCGCGCUGUUCGAAACGUUGGCAUUUUUUUGUUCUUUCAAACACAGAUUAGUUUUCCGUUAGGAAACAGCGUUAUGGGAUAUAGGACAUAGGUAGUUUGGGACAUAUGUGCAUGUGACCGCCAGGAAGUUGGAAGGCAAACUAGAUGGACCUUGGUCGUCUAGCAUUUCUUAUGUUCUUAUUUUUCUGCUCUCUGGGAUUACAAAAGGCCCCAUCAUGAGUAUCACAGGACGAAGAGAGCCUCAGAAAUUGUGCCUUUCCUUCCCUUUUUUAACUGGUGAUGGGAAGAAAUAGUUUGACCUGUGGAUGUAUAUUUUUUAAACAGGUCACUGAUAUUACAUAAAAAAUUGCAUGUCUUAAUUUCCUUACAGGCUAAAAAUGAUAAGUGCAACCCAUGUAGUGGCAUAGCCAUUUGCUCAUAAUUUUUUUAACCAACAGCAAGGAAUAAGGAAAUAAUUCAAGGCUGUAAUCUCCAGAUUCAGGCAAUCUUUAGUAAUCCUCUCCAGUUUUGCUGUUGUGGCUCAUAAUCCCACUGAAACUCCUUGACAGGAAUAAAGUCGGGUUCUUCCUGCAAUUAUUACGUGAAAGUGAAUGCCAAUACUGGCAAUCUUCAUCUGCCGUGUGACAGUAUAUCUAUACUGACAUUGUCUGCGCCCCCACCCACUCACCCAUCCAUCCAGACUAAUUGCUAUCUCAUUCAUUGCCAAUAAAGACUUGACCUGUGCAGGUAAACUUCCCCACUUCCAAAAUCAAAUCUAGUGAAAAGCUGAUGGGAAUUGUGUCUUUUUCGACCUUUGCAAUGACCCAUCACUGUUAAAAACCUAUAGAUUUGUUUGUAAAUUUUGCUGUUACGUACGGCAGUUUUACACACUGUUCAAGUCGAGCUCACCGUUCUUCCUGGUGCAACCCUCAAUUCUAAUGAAGUAUUUUUCCAGAUCAGUUUGCAGUGCUAAUCUCCCAUUCAGCAUUAAAAAAGAGGGCAGAAUCGACGUACCUACAUACCCCAGAAUAUCACUGAUCUGUUUUUUGUUAUUGUUUUAUUAAAACCGGGAUUACUGCACCUAAAUUCAGCUUUGUUUUGGUAACGGGCAUAAGAAUGAGCUGACACAUUGGUAUAAAUGAAUCCACCUUAAGGCUAAAACAAAGACUACGUCUNAAAAAAAAUCUUUCACGAAAUCUCAGCUGACAUUUAAUUUAAAACCUCUCUUUGUACAAAUCUGAUUCACGAUUAUAACUGAUUGUAUGGCCACCGAAUAAAAUCAAAAUUAUGUAUCUUA